AUGUCUCAAGGAUGGCUCGAAUGUGAUGGAGACCUCUUGAUACUUGUUGAGACUGAUCUAAAUCGCUCCAUGGACUCUGGCUUUGUCGACAUUACCAUGGGAUCUCCAGCAUCAAUCCCUACACUGGGUACCAGACGAAACUGGAUGUCUACUCACGAUCAGAUCAACAGCGCACUCCAAACACUGCGGGAUGGUUGCAUAUCUAUCCUAGACUUCCUCAUCACAAUACUGGACCCUGCUGAUGCAUCUGUUGGAUUAUCAAACCUUCAUCAUGGACACUCGGUACCGAUCGUCUACCUCAUACCUAUAUAUUCUCGCUUGUUCCCGCACCUUGUGCUAUCCUCAGUUGACUUCAUACAUCGCUGA